GUCCGGUGUCAGUGUUUCAACAGUCUCGGAAAGCGACGGAGGGUUGUGUCGUGCAAGCUAAAGUAGAACUAUCUCGAGAACCAGUUUCGUGAUUUGCAGCAACUUGUGUUAGUGUACAAUUAGCGUUAAAUUAAACGUGAUCGUUCGCCAUGUCUCAGAAAAUUAUUAUCAGCCUCUUGGUGUGUGCUGUCGCCGUACCCGUCGUAGUUUACAGUGCACCCAACCGAAACACAGCGGAAGUUGCAGCACAUCGGACUGAAGAAGAUGUUUUGGCGGUUACGAAUCUACCCUCUUUCACUGUGAGACCUUCGAACGAACUCGAGCAUAACGAAGGAUAUGAGCAAGAGAAUGCACCUUCAUCGCGAACGAAACGAGCCAUCAUCUUCCGGCCUCUGUUCGUCUAUCGACAGCAGGAAAUUAAGAAGCAGAAGCUGAGAGAGAUGCGUGAACAACAGCAACAGCAACCACAGAGACAACAGUCAGCGGCCUCUGCCGCUUGCCAACAGCAGCAGCAACACCAACAAGCAUCCAGAAAGCCUGUCCGGUAUUAUGCACAAUACUAUCCGUACCAGCGGUUGUAGAGGGGAAAAACCCCCAGCUCGAUACUGUUUCAACGGCACAUUUGACCAUAUGCGAAAAUCAUGACUGAACGAGAAUCUCAUUAUCAUACACGUAUCAAAAGCGCCAAACGUUCCAUGGAUGUGAGAUGAGGAUUGCUGUUUGCGUGUUAUUGCGAAUGCAAUCUGCCGUUUUGUAAUUUAUUUAUUCAAUAAAAAAAUCGUUUCAUUUUUUA